AUGGACGGAAAUCCGGCCACCACAACCUCUCAAGAUAAUAUUAAUCCCUCUAAGGAUUAAGAUUAAUGUAUUAUAGAUCAGAAAUAAUAGUCAAUUAUAGAGGAAGUAAAAUAGGAGUAAAUCCCACCACCUGUAAUUAAACCAGUAGUUGUUGAUCCGAAUGAAGAGUUCAUAAAUCAAAUGAAAAAACUAUCAUAGGCAUAACUCUUAGAAGAGGUGAUAUUAAUGAAGGAAAAGCAAGAUGUGCAAUUAGCUAACAGGAAACGACUUGAAGGAGAUAUUGACGAGCUGCACAAGAUUAUUCAUUACUGGAAAAAAGAAUAUGAAGAAGCCACAAAUACAUCAUAAAGAUCUCUAUCAGUGAAGUAAAAGCUACUACUAAUUAAAGACUAUGUUAGAGAAUUCACAAGGUUCCAAUUUCAAGCUAAGUACAGUACGAGCCUGAAAAGCUUAUAGACUGAAAUUGAUAGGCUAAAGAACUCUAGUUUGAUGAAUAAUAGUAGUACAGACGCAUCACUCUAGUCACUUAAUACGACUAUAAAUGGUGAAGCUGAAUUUACUAUAUCCAAAUUAGUAGCAAAGCCUGCUGAUUAGAAUAAACCUAGUGAAGAUAGUAAUGGAGAGUUUUAAAUUAAAAAACGCAGUAGAAAGCUCAAUAUGAACGAGUUUCAACAGUUUGAUAAAGUAAAUACUUCAAACACAACUAGUACCAAUAAUUUAUAAGUUACAAAGAUUGAAGAGGAGACUAAAACAGUGAAGGAAAUCAAGAAAGAUUACAAAAGUGUAGAAGUAUAAACAGAUUCAUUGAAAGUGGAAAUUAACAAUGUAAAAAUUAUUGAAAGCCCAGAUAAAAAAUAAGGACUGAGCAGUGAUGUACCUCCUCCGCCAAUUAACAAUUAAUAAAGUUUGAGAGUGCCGCCACCACCUGGUGGUAACAUGCCACCUCCUCCAGGAAUUAACUCAAAUGCUUAAUAGAAUCAAGUACCCCCACCACCUAAUACUUAGUAAAACAGUUUCAGACCUCCGCCCCCUCCACCUGGAUUAAAUCAGGGAAUGCCACCUCCACCAGGGGGUAAUUAAUUAAACAAUCCAAUAAAUCAAAUAAACAUUAGGCAGCCUCCGCCGUCUGGAUAAAAUGUACCUCCACCUCCAGGACAAAGCAAUAUGCAAGCUUAGAUAAGACCACCUCCAAUGAUGAAUGGAAUGCCUCCUCCUCCAGGAAUGAAUCAGUUACCACCUCCUGGAGGUCCUCCUCCACCACCAAAUGGCAUGAAUAUACCACCACCUGGAGGACUACCUCCACCUCCAGGGAGUUUCAGACCUCCUCCCCCACCAGGAAGUAUGCCACCACCUCCAGGAGGUAUGCCACCACCACCAGGAGGAAUGCCUCCGCCACCAGGAGGCAUGCCUCCUCCACCAGGUGGUUUUCCUCCACCUCCUCCAGGUGGAAUGCCUCCUCCUCCUGGAAUGUUUAGACCACCUCCACCAGGCGGAAUGCCACCACCACCCGGUGGUAUGCCUCCUCCUCCAGGCGGUAUGCCUCCUCCUCCAGGAGGAAUGCCUCCUCCACCAGGCUUUGGUGGAUUACCACCCGGACCAGGAAUGAGACCACCUGGCCCAAAUCCAUAAGCAUAAUAAACUAAUGAAGUUACAAUCAAGCCACCACCUUCAGGCUAUGUCCCUAAAAGGUUACAUUGGAGGCUUAUGCCAAAAGUAAGAAUGAAUAAGACUUUCUUUGCAAAGACGUUCAAUCCAUUAAAAUACAAGACUGAUAUUGACUAUGAACUCCUAAAAGAUGCAUUCUGUAAAAGAGAAGAGGAUAUCAAGUAAGAAGAAGAGGACAAAAAGAAGCUAUAAAAUAAGACCAGUAAAGUUUUGUAUGUGCUUGAUCAAAAGAGAGUGUCUGAUAUCGGAAUUCAGUUAAGCAGCUAUCCAAUGAGUAUUAAAGAGACUGUGAGUGCAUUGCUUUCACUUGAUGAUUAGAUACUUGAUGCUGAUAAGAUUUAAAAGUUGCAGAGAAUAUCACCGAAUAAUGAAGAGGCUGAAAAGUUGCUACAGUAUAAGGGUGGAUUAUCAGAACUAUCAAACAUUGAGCAAUUCUUGAUAUAGUUACUCUAAGUGCCGUCUCUUAAUGAAAGACUAGAGUGUAUGCUUUUUAAGAACAAAUUCGACUUCGACUUCAACGAAAACAAUAAAAACUUGUCUACUCUUAACUCAGCAAUGAAAGGUAUUAGAGAUAAUGAAAAAUUGAAAGAAAUCUUCGCACUUAUACUCAAGACUGGUAAUUAUCUGAAUUAUGGAACUAAAACGGGCAGAGCUUUAGGCUUUUAAAUGGAAUUGCUAUCCCAGUUGAGUAACAUCAAGAGUAUUGGAAAGACUAAGAUGUCUCUUCUAGAGUAUUUAAUACAUUCAAUUAGAAAGAGCGAUCCGAAUCUAUUAACUUUUACUAAUGAGCUGGUAACUUGUGAGAUUGCCUCAAAGAUAGAACUAAGUAUUCUGAGUAAUAAGGUAAUGGAUUUUGAAAGAGGCAUUGAAAAAAUCAAGAAAGAGAUUUAAAAGACGGAAGACUAGCUGAAUCAGUUCAGAGAUGAUCAAAAAGUCUUUGAUACUAUGGAAACGCCUUUAAGUGAGGAUAAGUUGACUGAAAGAGAUGCCCUUAACAAGAAGAUAUUAGAGUAUGAGAAGUUUUAUAGGAUAUUCACUGAGUUCUUAAAGGAAGCUGAAGUUAAGUUUAUGGAAAGUGAUACUAGAGUCAAGUAGAUCUAGAAAGACAUAGCAGAGAUGAUAGUUCUGUUUGGAGAGGAUGAGUCAACUAAGUCAACUGAGUUCUUUGCUCUAUUUUUCAACUUCGCCAGAGACUUCUGCAAUUGCUACAAAAAUGUGCUUCUCAGUGAGAAGGUGAAGCAAGAAUAAGAGGCGAAGAAGCUAAUGCAACUGCAAAGUGCUGAAAAAGGAGGUGGCUCUCAACAUAGACGCUUUGGAAGUCAAGUUAAAAUGCCUCUCAGUGCAAGAAACAGUUCAUCAAUGCUAGCUCUUAAAAAGUCCAAUACUUUAUUCCCAAUGUCUAGAGAUAAUAGCAUUGAUGGUCAAAGCACAGACGGUGGUGGUAUUAGAUUCCCAAUGUCUAGAGACGGUUCAACUGAAAACCUUAAACUUGGCCUCGAUAAGAAGCUAGUUCCUAUUGAAGGGAAAAAGAACUUAUUCGAAAAGCCCCCUAUAUUGAAGCCACCAACUCUUCAUAAAAGUGACAGCUAGCCUAACUUAGGACAGAGUCAGUAACUCUUAAAAUCAGCCAGAAAUGUAAUACCUAAUAAACUGCCUCCAUCUAAAAAGCUAUUGAAUGCCACUCCAACCAAAACUAUAGAAGUGACAUUAGAGGAUAUUAGAAAUCACGGCAGUAGGGAUAGCAUAGGAGAACUAGAAACUCCAAGACUAGGCUAGAAGGUGCCAGUACUAAAUAACUUAAAAGAACCAAAAGCUAAAAAAAUAAAUCUAAAAGAAGAGGAGGAGAAGAUCGCUAAGGACUUAUUAAAUUUUGGAAUGUCUACUGGGAUCAAAGAAGCAGUUGUUUAGUAAACAAAUGAUGGAUUUUAGAUCUACAAAAAAGCAAAGAAACUAGUCAAUUACAAUUAAGACUCAGGCCCAACUGCUAAUCAGCCAGGAGAUCUUGAUAAAAAGGCUUAAAUUUUGUAAAACAACAAUAUCUCUUCUAAGCAGAUCAACAAUAUUUUUAGCUAGAACAAGGGUAAAGCCAACAUUUUCUCAAAUUCCUCUCAAAAUGUUAAUAUCAUUAACAACAAUAAUAAAAAUACAGUUAACUCUGGCUAAACCACUAUAUUCGAUGGAGAGUUCAACAUAGGCAAAAUUAAUAAAGCUAGAAAGAUACAAAACCCAUAUGAGGAGGAGUCCAAAGACAACAGCGUCAUUUUAAACAGCAGUGACACAAUGAAUAAUUAGUCUACAGAUGGCACCUAAAGAAAAAGGGCAAAUAGUAGGAAUAUCUUCGGUGGCAAGAAGGGAGCUGAUGCAAAUAAACUGGAAAUGAUGAAUUAAGCAGCCGGAAUAAAUAAUGUUGCUGCUAAUGCAAACGGAAAUCCCACAACAUCAAAGCACAAAAAGAAAGAAAGUAAGGAUGAUGAAAUGUUUCAUAAUAUCGCCUUUGAAGGAGGUUUUAUUAAAUUAUUGUGA